AUGGCCAGCUCGGGGACAGUGCCCUCGUGCAUUGACAAUGUCCCUUCAAGGCGCUCUGGGGCAUUAUCGUACUUGAAGUCAUAUGCGAGGCGAUUUUCUGGCCAGUCGCCACUUCAAAGCUCCUCCAUCAACCCCACUUUCGAUAAUUCAAAGAUGCAUCGAGCUUUCAUUGCACUGGGAAGCAAUGUAGGAGAUCGGGUUGAGAUGAUCGAAAAAGCUUGUCUUGAAUUGGAUCAAGCCAAUAUCAAAGUCAAAAGAACCAGUUCACUUUUUGAGACGACACCGAUGUAUGUCCUUGAUCAGGACACAUUCAUCAAUGGAGUCUGCGAGGUUGAAACAAGCCUCUCCCCAAUAGAGCUUUUGGACAAGCUCCAGUCUCUUGAAAUUGAGCUGGGACGAAUGAAGUUGAUUGAUAAAGGUCCACGCUCAAUUGACUUGGAUAUUCUCUUAUAUGAUCAAGAAAUAUUUUCCCAUCCACGUCUCAAUAUUCCACACAAUUUGAUGCUGGAGCGAGAUUUUGUCCUGCGACCCCUUUGCCAAUUGAUACCCCAUGAACGACCACCUAAGGCCGCGAAAAAUACAAACACAUAUAGAGAUUACUUGAAGGCUCUUCCACCUCCAGAGCCAACUCCAUACUCAACAACGCCAAUCUCUCCCCACUUUCCAUCCAUUCACGCCACAAAUCCCAAACGGACAACGCACGUCAUGGCAAUUCUCAACCUAACUCCGGACUCUUUCUCAGAUGGCGGUGUUCACUCUGCAUCCGAUUUCACUCAACUCACUGAAACAGUUCGCUCCUUCAUUGCUCAAGGUGCAACAAUCAUUGACAUUGGUGGAGAAAGUACUCGCCCAGGCUCAACCCCAGUAGGCACAGAUGAGGAAAUCGCUCGCGUUGUCCCCGCAAUCGAACAUAUUCGUCAAAAUAUACCCGAAGCCUCAAACAUCGCUAUCAGUAUUGACACCUAUCGCGCUGUCGUGGCCGAAGCAGCAUGCAACGCCGGUGCUGAUAUUAUCAAUGACAUUUCCGCCGGUCUCAUGGAUCCAGAAAUGUUGCCUACAGCAGCACGUCUUGAAAAGUCUAUUAUUUUGAUGCACAUGCGAGGCACACCGCAGACAAUGACUGAACUUACCGAUUACCCUACCGGCGUUGUUCCAGAGGUAAGUGCUGAGUUGCGUGAGCGUGUGGCAGCUGCUGAGAAUGCGGGUAUUCGCCGCUGGCGUAUCAUUCUCGACCCCGGUCUCGGGUUCGCAAAGAAUCAACCGCAUGAUCUUGAGAUUCUGCGGGAUUUGCCAGCGCUGCGCAAUGCGGAGGGUCUGGAGUGCCUCCCAUGGCUGAUGGGACCUAGUCGGAAGCGAUUCGUUGGCAGUAUCACCGGUGUCAAGACUCCCAAGGAGCGUGUCUGGGGUACUGCUGCUACGGUUUCGGCGAGUGUCUCUGGUGGAGCAGAUAUUGUCCGAGUACAUGAUGUGAAGGAAAUGUCGCACGUCACCAAGGUUGCUGAUGCCAUUUAUCGUGUAUAG